GAGUCACAUGAGCUGCGUUUCAUUCCGCAGAUAGUGACAGUCAGAGCGCUCACGCUGACAUUUAUUAUUACGCCAGAGCGUGCUGAGGAUGUGUCGCAACGCUUGCAGAGCUAUCUGAAAAGACUGUUUGGAUAUUGCCAGAAGAUACUACCUGUAAAGGACACAGAUCACGCUUGAGAGAAGGACAGAGUAACCAUGCCAGAGGAGUCAGUGUUCCAGCAACAGGUGGUCCAGAGCCCGGUGAAACAGCAGAAGCAGGGCAAAAGCGGAGGCCCCAUCGCCUGCCAGAACUGUGGGAAGCCCUGUAAGGGAGAGGCGCUCCGGGUCCAGAACAAACACUUCCACAUCAAGUGUUUUGUUUGUAAAGUUUGUGGUUGCGAACUUGCCCAAGGAGGCUUCUUCCUGCGGCAGGGAGAGUACAUCUGCACUCAGGAUUACCAGCGACUCUACGGUACACGCUGCUUCAGCUGCCAGGACUUCAUCGAGGGCGAGGUGGUCUCUGCUUUGGGGAAGACCUACCAUCCCCGCUGUUUCAUCUGUGCCUCCUGCAAACAGCCAUUUCCAGCCGGUGACCGCGUGACAUUUAAUGGGAAGGAGUGUAUCUGUCAGAACUGUACCCAGCCGCUGCCGUCCAACAGUCCCGCACCCAUUCAAGCUGUCCACAACUGCUGUGGCUGUGGGAAGGAGUUUAAGAAUGAACAGUCUCUUGUAGCACUGGACAAACACUGGCACCUCGGCUGCUUCAAGUGCAAAGUCUGCAACAAAGUCCUCAAUGCCGAGUACAUAAGCAAGGAUGGGAUCCCCUACUGUGAGAUGGACUACCACGCCAUGUUCGGCAUCCAGUGUGAAAGCUGCAAGAAGUACAUCACUGGGAAAGUCUUGGAGGCUGGUGAGAAGCACUACCACCCUUCCUGUGCACGCUGCGCCCGGUGUGAGCAGAUGUUUGCUGAAGGGGAGGAAAUGUACCUGCAAGGCUCCUCGAUCUGGCAUCCUCCAUGCAGACAAGCAGCCAAGCAAGAGGAGAAGAGCAAGGUGACUCGGACCUCCUCUGAGAGCAUCACCUCUGUUCCUGCGUCCAGUGCCUCUGGGUCGCCCAACAGAGUCAUCUACGCUAAACUUGGAGAGGAGAUGCUGGACUACAAGGACCUGGCCGCCCUUCCAAAGACCAAGGCCAUCUACAACAUUGACCGGCCCGACAUGCUGUCUUACUCGCCAUACGUCAGCUACCCGUCUGAGGAGAGGCACUACAGCGAGGGCGAUGGGGAGAAGUCACCCCGUCAAAGGAGACCCUCCAGCCCCAGCUCCAACAGCUCGCUUGGGGGCUAUGGACGUUACACUCCCACCAGAUCUCCUCCCAACUACAGCAGACCAGCAUCAGGUCCUCCAGUGCCUGAGGUAAUCCUCAGUAAUAAGUACUGCAGUCUACCCCGCGACAGCAGUACUCUUGCUGUUCCCCCCAAUCUGAUGGGAGGUGUUAAAUACCACUCAAGUUGGGCCAGAGAUUCAUCUUCUUCACCUAUAAACCUCACUGUUGGGCUUGAUGGUGGCGCUGGUGGCAAGUGCUCACCCACACCACUAGGUGGCAGUGGAGGGGUGUCCUUACACCUCAACCCGACCACCCUGGCCAUGCUGCAGCAGCACAACUUCAUCCCGUAUUUCAGAGGGUUCAAACAGGACCCGAGUCCAGACUCUAGGACAUCCCUACAUCUCAGUUUACCUCCUCCAAACGGAAGCGAAAGUGGUCGCAGUACUCCCAGCUUAUCCACCUACUCUGACGGAAAAUCACCCUCCUCCGCCUCCACAUACGUGGCUGCUCCUCGCCACUUCCACAUACCAGAGACUUUGGUCAAAGAUAAUAUCUAUAGAAAACCCCCCAUCUACAGACAGCAUGCUUCUAGAACUUCCUGGCAGGAUGGGGACGAUGGCAAGAGGACCAGUUGGAUGAUCUUGAAGAAUGAGAUUGACGGGCAGAUGGGACCAGACGAUCUGGACCCCAGCAAGUCUACUUGUAGUCUUCCUGAGGACAUCGCUCAGCCCAACUUCCCCUACAGCAAAUCUGCUUCCUUACCUGGAUAUGGAAGAAACGGCAUCUACAAGGCUGCUGAGAUGAUGGAGGACGUGGAAGUGGACCCUGACUCCCAGAGCUGGGGAGGCAUGCGAGAGUAUAAGGUCUACCCCUACGAAAUGCUGGCAGUGACACACAGAGUGAAAGUGAAGCUUCCCAGAGACAUCGAUCGCACCAGACUGGAGAGACAUCUGUCGCCUGAGGACUUCCAGCAGGUGUUUGGAAUGACCCUGGAACAGUUCGACCGCCUCGCACUCUGGAAGAGGAACGACCUGAAGAAGAAGGCUCGAUUAUUUUAGACGCAAACAAACAGGAUCAUCUCAACAAGCAUCAGGAAGACGCCCAAAUGAAUCUAUAUAUAUGCACCGCCAUGAUCCCUCAGCCAUCUACCUGUGAAGCGCUGUAUCAUCUGCCUGUCAGUCUGCACUGUGGCGCCCUCUACAGGAUGUCAGCAUCCAGGCAUCUCUCGCUUUUUCUAUAUGGUCUGAAUGUUUGACUGACAACCUGAUCGGAAGAAGGGGAGUUGCGUUUGCAUGUCCUGAUGCUCCUCACCUCCCAUCUGGGUUCUGCAUCCGACCCCUGACCCCCGCCCAGAAGCUUUCUGAUGCCAAAUACAGCGUUUUCUUAUCUUUCUGUGUAGCACGGCCGCGUCUGUAACAAGUCAGACUCUUGUUUUUAUCUUCACUGUUGCACAGUUUCUGCGCUUUUUAUUCUUUUAAUGUUUCAUUUCGGUGCUGCGUUUUUUCUACUGUGCAGCUGCUCCACUCUUGUUUUGCAAUACAGUUCCGAUGGAAGGUGAACAGCUUGCCAACAAGAGGCCACAUUAGACUGUUUCAUCAACUGGCAAUGAUGUAAAGUGACAAUGAAGUUUUUAGCGCACUAAGCAAUGUUUUUGACAAAAGAUCAUGGCCACACAUCAAAGGUCAUGAGUGUGGAUCUGGAGCUGCUGGAUCGCUGUUGUGACAGAAAGCUGAGCUGGAAGGCAUGACUCUUUUUCUCAUCCCAUUUCUUUUGUAUGUAAGUUUUCUCCAUACUCUGUGUUCUAGGAUGACAAUUGGACUGGCUUGAUUCCAUGGUGUUAAUGAAGUUUCCUCUGGACGCUCUAGUUUCCUCCCAUUGUCCAAAGACAUUGAGGUGAAAUAAUGUCUCCAAACUUGGUGUCCUGUCUCAGGUGUACCUGAGACUCUUGGUAGCUGGGGAAGGCAGAAUAAGCAGAAGACAAUGAAGAAUUGUCUUGCUGUUAGUGACUCAGUCAAGUUCCACAAUCUCAAAUGUGAGCCACUUCAUAUUAUGUGACUUGAAAGUAGUUACAGUUACAAUCAGAUCCAGUUGUCGUCCUCAGACCAAAAGUGAACGUGGAUUGAAACAUGUUCUCCACAUAUCUAAACUCCUUUUAAUGAUCAUGACAAAACAGUAUGUUCUGGCCUUCGUGUUGAUGUUUUGAUUCAAUAACAGCGCGCAGUCGCUAGACAUAAAUAUGAUUUUGUCUUCUCCAAAGGCUUUUGUCUGUCAGAGAUAAAACCUCAUUUUCAGAGCUGUGCCAUACGUUACACAAUCCCUCAGUUGUAAAUCACUCACGAGUCUGAGCUGCAGGGCAGGUGAGAGAGAGGUGCUCAACCAGAGCCCCGAGGAAUCCCUUCUGUAAACAGUCGGAGGAUCAGGUGCGAUGAUGUGAAAAAGAAAUUUAUUUUUAUAUGCUAUUUCCAACUCCUGGCGGAGAUCCUGGUUUCUGUUCAGCUUCAGGCAGUUGACUCCAAGUCCAAGUGAAUCUUCUGGCAUGUUUUUGUUCGGGAGCUUCUUCACAGACGGGGCGAGCUACAGGAGAGUGAAGUCCAUCCAUGUCAACUUAUACUGGACAUGUAUGACGUAUAUCUGUCUGUAUACAACCUGACGUGAAUAUAUACAGUAUGUAUUUCCCCCUGAGGCUUGCAUGAAGGAUGUUUGGGUUUUUUUCUGAGGAAGACAUUUCCUUUGUCCUGGUGUGAGUGAUUUUAUUUUGUUGUUGUUGUUGUUGUUGUUGUUGUUGAUAAGACUGGUCCCGGUCAGCUGCUUGUGUUAGAUAUUUAUUUGAGGAAUUUAAUUUUGAAGGUGCCAAACACAAACAAGUGGCACUGAGCUUCACGUUUUAAGUUUAACCCGAGUGUCAAAUUAUAUUUUCUUGCUGUAAGUAAACACUAACUGUUCUUGUCAGCCGUCAUAUCUUCUUUCAGAUAUUCAUCUGCAAUUAAAGUGCUUUAUCCAA